AGGACUGUCGAGGGGCACGGCUGGUACCGCACGCUCACGCUCCGCCCUCGUGUGCCGCAGGCAGUGCAGAGUGACCGCCGGCUGUCGGCGACAUGGCGCCCUCGUCUGGCGCCCGGCGGCGGCGCCUCCGGCUGGCGCCCCUGCUGCUGCCGGCCGCCCUGUGUCUGCUGACGUCCGGUCUGGCCGCCGCCGCCAGCGGCAGGCCGGAGCCACGGUUCAGCUUUACCAGCGCCCUCUACAACGCCUCCAUCUACGAGAACAACGUGGGCAAGGAGUACGUGGUGAGCGCCGGCCCGAUGGGUGUCCGGCUGCGGCCCGAGCUGGCCGGCGCCGACAUCCGCUACAAGAUCGUCGGCGGCGACCCGGACGGCUUCUUCAAGGCGCAGCAGCAGACGGUCGGUGACUUCUGCUUCCUGCGCGUGCGCACACGCACCGGGCACGCGGACGUGCUGAACCGCGAGCGGCAGGCCGAGUUUCGCCUGAAGGUGCGCGCGGUGGAGCGCGGCCGACGCCGCUACGGCCGGUCGCCGGCCUUCGCCGAGGUGCGCGUGCGCGUGCUGGACAGGAACGACCUGAACCCGUGGUUCGACGCGGCCGAGUACGACGUGGAGGUGGCCGAGGACCUGCCGGUGCACGGCCUGGUGACGCAGCUGCAUGCCGACGACGCCGACGAGGGCAUCAACGGCCAGGUGUACUACAGCCUGCUGGAGUCGGAGCCGCACUUCGCCAUCGAGCCCAGCUCUGGCCGCGUGACGCUGGCGCGCCGGCUCAGCCACCGGCAACGGCCCGAGUUCCAGCUGACGGCCGUGGCUCGUGACCGCGGCCUCAACGACAUGGACGUGCCGGGCCUGGCGCGGCUGCGCGUGCGCGUGCGGCCCGUCAACCUGUUUGACCCGGUGAUGCACGUGACGCACCUGGCCGAGGUGGUUGAACACUCCAGCAUGGACGUAUACGCCAUCGUGCACGUCAUCGACCGCGACGAGGGCGUGCACGGCCAGGUGGCGGGCGUGCGCAUCGUGGACGGCGACCCGGAGCGGCGGUUCCGCGUGCUGUCCGGCACGACCGCCGGCGAGUUCCUGGUGGGCGUGGCCGACCCGCUGGACCGCGAGAGCGCGCCCUACGGCUUCAACCUGACGCUGAACGCCACCGACCGCGGUACGCCACCGCGCUCUUCAUUCCUGUCGGUGCGCGUGCGCGUGAUGGACUUCAACGACCACGCGCCGGCGUUCACGCGCGAGGUGUACGACGUGACGGUGCGCGAGACGGCGCUGGCGCACACGGCCCUGGUGCGGCUGCGCGCCAGCGACUCUGACCACGGCGUCAACGCCCAGGUGCGCUACGCCAUAGCGGCCGGCAACGAGGGCGGCGAGUUCGCCAUCAACGCCGCCACCGGCCUGCUGUGGCUGGCGCGGCCGCUGGACGCCGAGACGAAGGCGUUCUACGCGCUGACGGUGUCGGCGCUGGACCAAGGCCACGGCGGCCGGCAGCGCCAGGGCUCAGCCCGUGUCACCGUCACCGUGCUCGAUGAGAACGACAACGCGCCGCGCUUCGGCACGCCCAACACGCAGGCAGCCGUGGACGAGAACGAGCCGGCCGAGCACUACGUGACGCGCGUGACGGCCGAGGACGCCGACCAGAGCGAGAACGCCUUCCUCUCGUACUCGAUCGCCAACACGGAGCCGGUGCCGUUCGUCAUCAACCACUUUGACGGCACCAUCACCACUUCGGAGAUGCUCGACUACGAGACGCAGCGGCGCCAGUACGUGCUGCGCGUGCGCGUCUCCGAUUGGGGCAAGCCGUACCGCUGGCAGACGGAGACGACGGUGACGGUGCGCCUGCGCAACGUCAACGACAACCGGCCGCAGUUCGAAAAGGUCGACUGCCACGGCCGGCUGUCGCGGCGCGCCGCCGUCGGCACCGAGAUCAUGGUGCUGUCAGCCAUCGACUUCGACGAGGGCGCCGUGGUCAGCUACCGGCUGGUGUCGGGCAACGAGGACGGCUGCUUCCGGCUGGACGAGCGGCUGGGCUCGCUGCGGGUCAACUGCGACCUGGCUGACCUGGCCAGCGACGAGCGGCGGCUAGGCGUGAUGGCCAACGACGGCCAGCACUUCUCGGACGAGACGCGGUUGCGGCUGCAGCUGGUGGGCAGCGGCGAGCGGCCGCUCGGCGGCGCCAGCGUGCGGCUUGAGUGCAAGGACACGGGCGUGGCCGGCCGCUACCGCCGGCUGCUGGCCACGGCCGAGCAGAACAACCGGCCGCGCGACCCGUUCACGGUGGUGUCGUCCAGCCGGUACGGCACCAACUACCACCGACCGCAGCUGUCUGCCGAGCCGGCCGGCGAGCUGGAGGUGAGCGAGGCGGCGCCGCUCGGCGCCCACCUCACCACCGUCAUCGGCCACGACAAGGACCUCGGCUUCAACGGCCUGCUGGUGUUCGCCAUCGCCGACGGCGACGACGACUCGGCGUUCAGCAUCGACAUGGACGGCGGUAACGUAAGCGUGGCCUGCCGGCUGGACCGCGAGCGCACCGCCCUCUACCGGCUGAACGUGACGGCGUGCGACCGCGGCCGGCCGCAGCUCUGCGCCAGCCUCAUGCUCGUCGUGCACGUGCUGGAUGUGAACGACAACGCGCCGCGCCUUGAGCGCUCGUCGUUCACGUUCUUCUACCCGGAGACGCGGCCGGCCGGCCAGCCGGUGGUGCGCCUGAACGCCUCGGACCCGGACGAGGGAGCCAACGGGCGCGUCUCGUUCAAGCUGUUGACGGACACGGCCGACUUCGCCGUGGACCAGCACACCGGCCUGGUGAGCCAGGUGCGUGCGCUGGACCGCGAGCGCCAGAGCAGCUACCGGCUGCGCGUGGCCGCCCGCGACGGCUCGGCCUCGCGGCCACUCGUCUCGCACGCCGUCGUGCACGUGGACGUGCUGGACGUGAACGACAACGCGCCGCGCUUCUCGCGGCCGCUGUACCAGGUGCGCGCCAGCGAGGACCUGCCGGUGGGCGCCGUGCUGGUGACGCUGGACGCCGUGGACCCGGACCGGCCGGGCGCUGCCGAGCCCGUCUCGUACCAGGUGACGGCCGGCGGCCACGGCCGGUUCGGUGUGGACCGCAGGUCUGGUGCCGUCCGCCUGCUGGAGCCGCUCGACUUCGAGCAGCGCCAGAUCUACAACGUGACGGUGGAGGCGCGCGACGACGGCUCGCCGCCGCUAUCGGCUGUCGCCUACCUGGUCGUCCAGGUGGUGGAUGUCAACGAGAACUACUUUGCGCCGUCGUUCGGCGGCGCCGUGGCGGUGCGCGGCUCUGUGCUGGAGGGCCGGCCGUCGGGCACGUUCGUGCUGGCCGUGCGCGCCACCGACGCCGACCCGGCCGGCCCCAACUCCGACCUGACCUACUCGAUCCGCGGCGGCAGCGGCGUCGGACACUUCUCCAUCAACGAAACAGGCAUCUACACGAGGGACGUGCUGGACCGGGAGACCCAGUCCAGCUACUGGCUGACCGUGUACGCCAAGGACUCCGGCGCCGUCCCGCUGUCGGCGCGACUGGAGGUCUACAUAGAGGUGGAGGACGAGAACGACAACUACCCGCUGACGUCUGAGCCGGUGUACCGGGCCGAGGUGUUGGAGAACUCCGCCCCGGGCACGCGGGUCACCAGGGUCACGGCCUCAGACCGGGACGGGGCCGGACCACUGCGCUACCGCAUAGCCGGCGGUAACCCGCAGAGUCUCUUCAGCAUGGACCCGGACACAGGUGUGAUCACCACCACCGAGCGCGUGCUGGACCGUGAGACCCGCGACGCCUUCACGCUCGAGGUGACGGUGUCGGACUGGGGAGCACCGGCCCUGACCUCCACGGCCCGGGUCAUGGUCACCGUGCUAGACGAGAACGACUCACCGCCGGUGUUCUCUGAGCGGCUCUACCGGGUCCAGGUGCCGCUGGGACCGGCGCUCAGUCGACCCAACGCCUCCAUCUUCCAGGUGAUUGCGCACGACGAGGACGCCGGUGUGAACUCCGAGCUGCGCUACUCGAUCGUGUCGACGGACGGCCUGCGUCUGACCAUCGAGCCGCGGCUGGGCCAGCUGCGGCUGCCGACGGACGGGGCGCCCAUCGCCGCCGGCAAACACCAGCUGACCGUGCGGGCGACGGACGGCGGCAAGCCGGUGCGCUCGUCGGUGGCGCGGGUGCUGCUCACCGUGCUGGAGGAGGGGCCGCCGCCGCCCCACCCGCCCCGGGUGGACCUGCCUGAACGGGCCGUCCAGGUGUUCGAGACGGACCCGGUCGGUCACCUCGUCAUCCUGGCCACUGCCAACGCCACGCUGCUCUUCAGUAUUGCAGUCCCCAACCACGCCAAGUUUUCGGUCGAUCCGCUGCGGAUCACAGUGCUGGACGUGAACGACCGGGAUCCGGCGUUCGAGCGCGCCCUGUACGCCGCGCUGCUCUACUACGGACUGGAGGCGGCGCAGAGCGACCGCUCUCUCCGUCUGUUCAGCAUCGACCCCAUGACCGGCCAGGUCACCGUGGCCGGACGACUGGACAGGGAGACGGAGCACGAGCACGUGCUGACGGUGUCGGUGCGGGACCAGGGCACGCCGGCGCGCCGCGACUACGCCCGCCUGCUGGUACACGUGCGGGACGAGAACGACCACCGUCCGCAGUUCCUCAGCGACCUGGUGGUGGGCCAGGUGCACGAGACGGCGCCGGUCGGCUGGCAAGUGGUCACCGUGCUGGCCACCGACCGCGACCAUGGCCAGAACGCCCGCAUCACCUACUCCAUACUGUCAGGUAACGUGGACAACGCGUUCGCGGUGGACUCGGUGCUGGGCACCAUCUCGGUGGCCAUCGGGCUGGACCAGCGGCGCGCCAGCGAGUACAUCCUAACGGUGCGCGCCAGCGACGCCGGCCGGCCGCCGCUGCACGGCGACGUCCACGUCAACGUACUCGUCACGCUGCCCGACAACGCGCCGCCCCGCUUCGAGAAGGCAGAGUACGGCGCUGAGGUGGAGGAGGACAGGCCUCCGGGCUCCCACGUGCUGGACGUGGUGGCCCACUGCCGGACUUCAGUGACCUACCGUCUGGUGGGAGGCAAUGAGGACGGCUCGUUCCUGCUGAACCCUGGCGCUGGGGUGCUCACCGUCAGCGAGAGACUCGACUACGAGCGCCGCACCUGGUACAACCUGUCCAUACAAGCCGUCAGCAUGGUGGGCGAGGUGGCCCACACGAGCGUCAUCGUGCACGUGCUGGACGUGAACGACAACCGUCCGCGGCUGGCGCGGCCACGUGCUCUGAGGACGGCCGGCGCGCUGGACCACGAGAGCCGGUCCCAGCUGGAGUUCACGGUGGACGUCUGGGACCGCGGUCAGCCUCGUCUGCAGGCGGCCAGGCCGGCCCGCGUCACCGUCGCCGUGCUCGACGUCAACGAUGAGCCGCCCCGUUUCGCGCACGCGCAGUACAACUUCACCGUGCUGACGCCCAGCUACGACGGCGUGGAGGUCGGCACCGUGCAGGCCCCCGACCCGGACACGCAGAACAUCAGCCGCCAGGUGGCCAGUCGUGGCCUGGUGUUCUCCAGCGACCAGUUCUACGGCACCGUGCGCGAGAACACGACUCGCGUCGACAUCGUGGCCUCGCUGUCCGUGCGGGGCAACCAGCUGAUGGAGCACCUCGCCUUCCGCAUCCUCAACCCCUCCGAGUACUUCAGCAUCAGCGAGACGGCUGGCGUGGUGCGCACCACGGGUGUGGCGCUGGACCGGGAGCAGCAGGAGCAGCACGUGCUGGCCGUAGAGGUGCGCAGCGACAGGGACGGCCGGGUGGCGCACACGCUGCUGCACGUGACCGUCAUGGACGACAACGACAACCGGCCCGUGUUCGUCAACCAGCCGUAUCACGCCGUCGUGCCUGUCGAGGCCACCGUCGGAGCUCCAGUCACCAAGGUGACGGCGAUCGACGCUGACCUGGGCGACAACGGCCGGGUACACUAUGACCUGCUGCGGGGCAACGGUGACCUGUUCGCGGUGGACCUGCUGAGCGGGGCUGUGACGCUGCGCCGCUCGCCGCGCGGCCUCGACACCGCCUUCAGGCUGGUCGUCACUGCUUACGAUGGAGGCUCCCCUCCCCUCUCCUCGGAGGCGGAGGUACUGGUGACAACCGUGGACGGCAGUCAGCCCCGCUUCUCCCAGCCGCACUACUGGGCCCACGUGGCCGAGUCGGCCGAGCGGCGCGUUCUGUACGUGGCUGGUGAGCUGGACUACGAGACCCGGCCGCGCUACAAGCUGACGGUGUCGGCCACGGACCGGGUCACGGGGUCAAUGACCUCUGUGCCGGUCACGGUGAACGUCACGGACGUCAACGACAACGCGCCUCAGUUCGAGCGGUCGGUUUACAACGUGACGGCCAGCGAGGCGGCCCACCCCGGCCUGAAGCUGCUGCACGUGAAGGUCACGGACCGGGACCAGGAGGACGACCAGCCGCUAAGCUUCCGUGUCCAGGAGGCGGACGGCUCGGAGAGCUUCCUGUUCCACAUGACGUCCGACGGCUCCCUGGCCGUCACCAGCUACCUGGACUUCGAGCAGCGGCCGCUGCACCAGCUGGUGAUGACCGUCUCCGACGACGGCUCGCCGCCGCUCACUGGCACCGCGCUGCUCACCGUCAACGUGGAGGACGUGAACGACAACGUGCCGGUGUUCGACCGGGCCAGCUACGCGUGCGAGCUGACGGAGCUGCCGUCUCGGGGGCAGUUUGUCACCAUGGUGAAGGCGCACGACCCGGACCCCACCGACCAGCUCGUCUACCGCAUCGCUGACGGCAACGACCGCCAGCUGUUCUACAUCAACAGGCGCACAGGCGUCAUCACGGUGGCCAAUAUCCGGGCGUUCGAUGAGUCGCCCCAGUACCAGCUGAACAUAACCGCCGCCGACGGUAUUCACCACACCUACGUGCCCCUGACGGUCCGACUGAUGCCCGCUAACAAGCAUGCGCCCGCAUUCGAAAAGGUCGCCUACGAGGUGGACCUGAGUGAAGACGUGGCCAGCGGCACUCCGGUGACCCAGGUCAAGGCGUAUGACCCAGACAGGGGUCCCCUGGGUCAGGUGGUGUACAGCAUUCCCUCCGAUCGAUGGAGAGAAGUAUUCAGCAUCAACGCUUCAACCGGCGUGAUCAGCACCCGUCAGCGGCUGGACCGUGAGACGGUGCCGGUGCUGGAGCUGCCCGUGUGGGCCACGGACGGUGGUCACCGGUCUGAUCACACCACAGUCAAGGUCCGGCUGUCGGACGUCAACGACAACGCGCCCCGCUUCCAGCUGGCUCAGUACCGGGCCGUCGUGGCGGCCAACCUCACGGCCGGAGACGUCGUCUGCAAGUGCAAGGUGAUCAUGAGCCUGUCCCCCGGCUGGACGUGUGUCAGCGGCCGGUACAAGGUGACGGCGUACGACUCGGACGAAGGAGACAACGCCAGGCUCACGUACAGCAUCUUCGAGACGGAGGUGUCGGACAUCAGGAAGGCCUUGGAUAUCGAUUCGGAGACGGGAGAGAUCAUUCUGAUGCAGCGACCAACUCAGCUGGAGAGUCCGGUGUACCAGUUGUUCGUGCGAGCGACAGAUGGCGGCAGUGAGCGGCUGGUGGCCGACGUCCCAGUGGACGUGGUCGUGUUGCCAGACAGCGAGGGCAUGCCCGUGUUUGACCCGCUGCUGUCGGGGCCACAGGGCGUGUUUCUCACCGAGAGUGACCCAGUUGGUACCCGCAUCACGUCAGUCCGGGUCCGCGGCGGCGGUACGGUGACGUACUCGGUGGCCUCGAUCCACGAGAUGCCGUCAGCGGACAUGUUCGAAGUGGAUGCGGACGGACAGCUGGUCCUGGCCAAGAGUCUCGACCGGGAGGCCGUGGACAGGUACAACAUCACGAUCGCAGCUCAGACCGAGUCUCUGCCACCGCUGGUCGCCUACUCCCACCUGAUGUUGUCUGUGAUGGACGACAACGACAACGACCCCGUGUUUGACGCAGACGUGUACCGGGGUACCGUCAGAGAGGGUCUGCCGGCCGGUACCAGAGCUCUGCAGGUGUCGGCGGUCGACCCGGACGUGGGUGCUAACGGCCAGGUGCGCUACCAGCUGCACGCCGACUCUAGCCACCUGCACGCACUGCUGGCGGUGGACGAACGGUCUGGCUGGGUGACCACGCUGCGGCCGCUGGACCGCGAGACGACAGACACCUACCGGCUGACGGUGGUGGCCGCCGACGGAGGGUCGCCUCGUCGCUCGGCCACGGCCAGUCUGGUGAUCUCGGUGGCCGACGACAACGACUCGCCGCCCGUGUUCGCUCAGCAGCGGUACGCGGCCGUCGUUAAUGAGGACGCCCUGCCGCGCACCUCCAUCAUGAGCCUGACGACCGAUGACGCCGACCUGCUCUCGGCGCCCGUCCACUUCUACAUCACCGACGGAGACCCCCACGCCCGCUUCGAGAUUGUGACGAGCGGCGCCAACAGCGGCGAGCUGUUCGUGUUAAACGCGUUGGACCGUGAGACCGUGCCCAGCUACGACCUGACGGUGACAGCCACCGACGGCUCUCUGGUGGCCACCACCCAGCUACACCUGGAUGUGCUCGACGCCAACGACAACCCACCCGUGUGUGAGGAGGAGGGGUACGCGGUCACGCUGAGCGAGGCGGCCCCUCCCCACCACGUGCUGACCGUCCGGGCUCAUGACCUGGACGACAGCAGGAACGGUCGGCUCCGGUACUACCUGACCGGCGCCGGCGCCGACGACUUCGCCAUCGACCCGGCCCUAGGUCACGUGCGCGUGUCGGGCUCGCUGGACCGCGAGUCCCGGCCCGUCUACCGCCUGACGGCGCACGUGCAGGACCGCGGCCGCGCCGAGUGGGAGUGCACCAGCGUGCUGACGGUCACACUGGAAGACGUCAACGACUGCGCGCCCAGCUUCGUCCUGCCCGUGCUGUCGCUGACGGUGCCCGAGGACACGGCCGUCGGCACCAUCCUGGGACGGCUGGACGUCCGUGAUGAUGACCUGGGCCUGUCGGCCGAACUGGAGUACAGUCUGGUGGAGGAGGACGACGACGAUGCCCGGCUGCUGCUGGACCCGAGGACGGGCGUGCUGACUCUGGGACGGCCGCUGGACCGGGAACAGCAGGCCAUGUUCAACAUCAGCGUGCGAGCCACGGAUGGCGGCACACCCCAGCUGUCCAGCACCGCCACAGUCAUACUGUUGGUGCAGGACGUGAACGACAACGCGCCCGAGUUCACCAAAACGUUGUACCACGCGACAGCAUUGGAAAACACCACUGUAGGGACAGAGGUUCUCAAACUUCUGGCCACCUCGAGGGACUCUGGUGUCAACGCCGAGAUCAGCUACAGCAUCAUUGGCGGCAACGAACACAACAUGUUCCAGAUCAACCCGAAAACAGGUAUUGUGUCGGUGAGGUCCCAGCUGGACUCUGAGCAAGCUGGGGAGUACAUGGUGACCCCGGUACUGUGUCGGUGA